GAAGUCAGUCUGAAGAAGUCGCUUGAUCGAAUGUCACGUGAAAGAGAGUUGGAUACACUCCUCGAAUUUCCAACUUCAAUUCUCCAGGCGAUAUAAAAAACAACAAGAACCUUUCUUCAAAAAAUCUACCUUCGUUCUUAGCAACAAGCUAUCAGAUUUGUGAUUAACCAGAUCGACAAGCAAAACGAUACCUCUCAACCUCUUCUCCAUCCUCACUCUAUAUCCAUCAAAAGUCUUUGUUUUAUUCAUUGAUUGGCGAGUCUUUCGAACAGUGAAGAUUCCUUACGGGUCUCACGAACGCCUCCGAUAGCAGCUCGUCAUUGCUUUGAUAUUACACACUCUUGAUACCAACUUCUUCAUCUACGAGUUACCGAGCGUUUUUCAUAACUACCACAUCCACCAAAUUUUCAAGUUCUCGCAACGACAAAAUCAUUCUAAAGUCUCACAAGACUGUACUAAUAUCUCUAGAGACUGAGAAAAGCACGAUGGAAAAUCACUCUGGUAAAGUCCAGCCUGCUGCGAAUGCAAAAUCUACCAAGAUCGACAUCCGGCCGUUCAUUCAACCACGCCGCCGCUAUGUGACAUGUUUCAGUAAGUCAACUUUCUCUUUUCAUUUGCAUCUCUUUGCAAUUGAUCGUGUAUGCAAAUUAAUUGCUGUCGUUAUAUCGUGCCAACAUGUUGACAUUGUCUUACAGCUUUCUACAACGACGAGCCCAUUGGUGAUCCAAAGCGCACCACACUUAGAGGCAACAAUGCUCUUGAGAGUGUAUUGCAAUCUAUCCUUAUGGAUUAUGGAGAAUUGAACCUCAACUCUCAAAGUUUGAUAAUCGAAGGCUCCAGAUUGAAUAUCUAAGUCCAUAUAAGGCUCAAGUACAGUGCAUGCAAGAGAUGCUUGCGCCUCUCAACGACAAGCGCGUCAACGCGAAUGGAUUCAAGAAGGUUCAAGGCAUCAGUCGUGAUGUUACUAUUGUCGACAUGACUCUGUGUGGAAAGCUGACUGCAUUCGCCGACGAUUCUCGUGAUCUCUUGAUCAACUGUACCCGUCACAAGUACAUGGUGAUCUUUUUGACCUCCACCGAAGCAGCCAACCCGUCUUCUUAUGGCAAUGAAUCAUCAUAUCUUCGCAUGAAAGGCGCGGGGAAGAACUGGUGUUCCAUAUCUGAAUUUGCAAAGGCAAAUGGUGUGUUCUGCAAAUAUUCCCAACGAACUUGAAAGAGGGCCAGGGCGGUGUAUUCCAGAGAGGACUUGAAGACCUCUUUUGAGAUAUGGCUUCACAUAUCCUAGGAAAUCUUACAAUGAUUCA